AUGUUAAAAAAAUUGUUUGUGCAAAAUAUUUUUUUGAAAUAUAAUAAAAGAUUCUUUUUCCAUAAAAUAGUAAAUUUGGGGAUUCUUGCACACAUAGAUGCAGGAAAAACAACUAUAUCAGAAGACAUUUUAUAUAAUGCAAAUGAAAUAAAGGUAAAAGGUAAUAUAAAUGAUCAAAAUACUCAAUUAGAUUUUUUAAAACAAGAAAGAGAAAGAGGAAUAACAAUAAAAACAGCUUAUUCAUGUUUUGAGUGGAACAAUGUAAAGGUAAACUUAAUUGAUACACCAGGCCAUGUUGAUUUUAGCAAUGAAACAUUUUUAUCCUUGUGUGUUUCAGAUAAAUGUGUGAUUGUUGUAGAUGCUAGGGAAGGAUUACAAAUUCAAACAAUUAACAUUUUCCGUUACAUAAAAGAAAAUAUUCCAAUUUUCUUUUUUUUAAAUAAAAUGGAUGUAUAUGAAACAGACAUUGAUUAUAAUUUUAAUAGUAUUAAAAACAAUUUAAGCAAAAAAUGCUUACUUAUAACAUACCCAAUUUAUGAAAACAAAAAAUUAAAGUAUAUUUUGGAUAUACCUUCUAUGAUUUUAUAUUUUUACCCUGAAGUUAAAUAUGGCCAGAAAUUAGUAUAUAAAAAAUUAUCUUUGGAAGGAAUUUUAAAGCAAUCAAAAAGAAAAAAUAUAGAUAAACAUUUCCUUUUAAUUCAAUCAUGUGAUGAUAUUUCAGAGGAAAAUAAAAACGAAAAUAUUUUACAUUUUUUAAAUGAUGAUAUAAUUAAUUAUAUUAUAAAAAAAAGAGAAGAGAUAGUAGAAAUAUUAUGUGAUUUAGAUAGUGAAAUUGAGUAUAAAUAUUUAAAUAAUUUAAAAUUAACCUAUGAAGAAAUUAAAAAUUCUUUAAACGAAAAUAUAAAUAAAAAAUGCAUUUUUCCUGUAUUCUCAGGGAGUGCUCUAAAUUCAUAUGGGGUACAUUUACUUCUUGAUUAUAUUACAUCUACUAGAAAAAUUAAUGAUAACACUAAUAUGAACGUUGAUUCUUCAAAUAUAAUUAAAAAAGACAAAUAUACUUUAAAUGAUGAAUAUAAGAAUGUAGAAAAUAUGAAAGGAAAUCUUUUCGAAAAUAAUCAUAAACGCGCAAUAAUGAAUAAAGAUAAUAGACAAUCGUGUAUAACAAUAAAUAAUAGAAAUGGAACUAUUACUAAUGGAAUAAUUAAUGAUAUGACGAUUUUAAAAAAUAGUAUAAUUAAUAAUAAGUAUUCCAUUAAUUUUUACAAAACUAUUUUAUUUAUUUUUAAGUUAGUAAAUGAAAAAAAUGGAUAUAACACAUUUUGUAAAGUAUUUAAGGGAACACUAACUAAUAAUUCUAUUCUGUAUAAUAUUAGGAAUAAUAAAUAUGAAAAAGUAAAAAAUAUUUACAAAGUAAAAGCUGAUAGGUAUAUUAUUACUAAGGAAUUAAUAACUAAUGAUAUAGGAAUGGUACGAGGAUUUGAAAACAUAUUAGUCUGUGAUAUUUUAUGUGAAAGAGAAAAAGAAACAAAUGAGGAAGAACCUCUAAGAAAAAAAGCAUCUUAUUAUAAAGAAGAAGAAAAUAAAUUUAAGGAGGAAUAUGAAAAUCCCAUUGAUGAAUAUCAUAGAGAAAAGCAUAAUUUAUUAACUAAUGAUACAAGCUUUAACGAAAUAUAUAAAUUAAUGAAAGAACAAAUAAAAAGUAAGGAACUGUGGUAUUUUUUGAGAAGCUAUAAGAAACGAAUUAGUAAAAAUAUAAUAGUUUGCACAUGUGCAAUCGAACCGAAAGAUUACAAAAAAGAAAAAGAACUGAAACAUAUUUUAAAACAAAUAUGCGUAGAAGAUAAUAGCAUAUUUACUUAUGUAGAUAAAAGCAAUAAAUUAGUUAUUGGUUCAAUAGGCAUACUAAAUAUUGAAGUUACAUUAGAUAAAAUUAAAAGUGAUUAUAACAUCGAUAUUAAAACAAGUGAUGUUGAGAUAGUAUGCAAAGAAUACAUUUUAGGGCAUUAUGAAAAUGAGAUAAAAAAACAAAUGAAAGUUAGUUCUAAUUUUUCCAAUAUAGUAAUCGGCAUAAGUAUUAAAGAAAAAGAGUUUGUAGACAUUACAAGUUACAUUCAAAAUAUAUUAAAAUAUGAUAAUGCUUCACAAUUCCUAGCAUUUAACAAAAAAAAAGGACAUUUUGCAAAAAAUAACUUAUAUGGAGAAGAAGAAGAGAAAAAUUAUUGUAGUAUAACAAACCAUUCCAAUACAAGUAAUUACAAGGAACAUGAUAUGAAUGUUGAAAUAAAAUGGAAUAAUUUAUCUAAAAAAAAUAAUAUCAAUAGCAUUCAUUAUAAUAAAAAGAAAAUAGAAAUUAACAGCAACUCUGAUUCAAAUGAACAGAUAGGAAAUUUAAAAAAAGACAAAUGUUUACAAGAUUAUUUUCAUUUAAAUAAUAAUAACUUAGAGUAUAAAUUAAAUUCAGAAAAUUAUUUUAAAAAAGUGUUUAAAAACAAAAAUGAAAAUGAAAUGUUAGAAGAAGAACAUAGAGAAAAUGAGAAAAGUAUUAAUGAAAUAGAUGAUGAACAUGUAGAUGAUGAAGAAAUCAGUGAGUAUUUAUUAAACAUUAACUAUGAAAAUUUGUUUCAGAGUAACAUAACUGUUGAUAGAAAUGUACAAUCUUAUGUUGAAGAGUUAAAAAAAAGAAAUAAAAAAAAAGAAAAAUUUUAUGACGAUAUUCUAAAUAACUGUAUCAUUUCUUUAAAAAAUUGCUUAAAUAAUGGAUACAGAACAAAUGCAAAUAUUAUUAACACUGAAAUAACUAUAACAAAAUUAAAAAUAUUUGAUGAUAGUACAAUAGCAGUUGCAAAAUAUGCUUGCAAUGAUUUAUAUUAUAAAAUGAUUAGAAAUGCAAAUAUUCAAAUAGCUCAUCCAAUAUCAUUGCUUCAAAUACAAACAGAUGAAUCAUUUGUAGGUAUUAUAGUAAAAGACUUAAUUCAAAAUAGAAAAGGAAAUGUUAUUCAAAUUAUGAAAAAUAAGGAACAAAAUGAUUUAAAAAUUAUGAAAAUAGUUGCAAUUAUUCCUCUCAAGUAUACACAUAAUUAUGCUUCUGUUUUACGAUCUAUUUCAAGUGGUCAUGCCAAUUUUUUUAUAACAUUUUGUGGUUAUAGGAAAUGA